UCUUUUCAUUAUUAUAUUAAGGUUGCACAUAUAUCUAACAGUGUGUCACCAAGACUAAGGAAGCUGUUCCUGGGGGAGAAUGAUAAAGAAACAAUAUAUCUCUCUUCUUCUGCACUUCUCUCUGUCUCUGUGUCUCUCUCUCUCUCCAGCUUCUUCGUCUGCCUGAUUCAGUGUUUGUCUGCCAAGUUGUGCCAACUCUUUCUGGGGAAAAAUUCUUUUUACGGGUUUUUUUGCAAGUGAAGGGUCGGAGCUUGCUUUCGCUGUCUGUCUGUCUUUUCUUGAUUUUUUUUUUCUCUUUCCUGGAAGCCGAGUCUCUCUUUGGGUAUGUUUGAAAUGUCGUGAAGUUGGUUCGUUUUUUUCUUUUUUGGAUCCAGUGACUGAGGUCCAGCCCCCGGUCGAGCCGACGGCCUGGUAGUUCUGUUUGAUACCAAGGAGCAAUCUCUGUUUCAGAUCUUUUUCUUGCCGUUCUUGGUUUAUUAUUUCGGGGUUUGAGGUUCUGCAUGCCCGCUUUAUCUGUUCUUGAUCAGUCUGUUUGGCCCUUUUGAGCUUGCUCCUAUCUUGGUUUCUUUGGUGGGUCUCCGAUAUAACUUGAAUCUUCCACUUUUAUUAGCUCUCCAAUUGUUCACACGGGGUGUCCUGCUAUUUUCUAAAUUAGAUGUGGAACUGGUGCACAGUUCAAGCCAAGGUUACCACAUUGCGUGUUGUGAUUCAGCCUCUUGAUUUCUGGGUCAAUUUUUCUGGGUGAAUUUGCGUGCAUUUGCUGAUUCAUUUCUAGCAUUGAACUCAAGUGAUUAAUCGAGCUUCUAGAGUUCCAGCUGGCCUGGAUUUUAAUUUUAGAUACUUGGGUUUGGUCGGUUGCUAUCAAUUGUCCGUGUAUUUGAAGAAGUGAUUGGAGUGGAAAGAGGCAAAAUUCAUUGUAUGAAAUCGGUGUCAGACAUGAGUUCAGGAGCUGAAAUUGAUGAAGAGAGUGACAACAAGGGAAGUAUGUGGGUUUUGGAUCAGAAGCUUGAUCAGCCCAUGGAUGAGGAGGCUGGUAGGCUGAGCAACAUGUAUAGAGAGAAGAAAUUUUCUGCUCUGUUGCUUCUUCGGCUUUCAUUCCAGAGUCUUGGGGUUGUUUAUGGAGACUUGGGCACAUCUCCUUUGUACGUCUUCUAUAAUACAUUCCCGCAGGGAGUUAAGGAUCCGGAGGAUGUUAUUGGAGCUCUUUCUCUAAUUAUAUACUCUCUGACGCUUAUCCCACUUCUCAAAUAUGUAUUUAUUGUCUGUAGAGCUAAUGACAAUGGUCAAGGUGGAACAUUUGCUCUUUACUCCUUGCUUUGUCGACAUGCGAAAAUAAAAACUAUUCCCAACCAACAUCGAACUGAUGAGGAGCUGACGACUUACAGUCGGUCCACAUUCCAUGAACAGUCAUUUGCGGCAAAGACCAAGAAGUGGUUGGAAAGACGUCCUUCAAGGAAAAAUGCGCUACUUAUUCUCGUCCUUGUCGGCACAUGCAUGGUGAUUGGGGAUGGAAUUCUUACUCCAGCUAUAUCAGUUCUUUCUGCGGCUGGAGGAAUCAAGGUAAACCAUCCCGAUGUUAGCAGCAGUGAGUAUUUCCCCGAGAAUCUAACCUUUUUGACAGAUAAGAACCUCAAUUAUUUCUACGUACUCACUGAGUUCUUUUCCUCUGGUGCAGAAGUAGUUGUGGUUGUCGCUGUGGUAGUGUUAGUAGGUUUGUUUAGCAUGCAACACUAUGGAACGGAUAGAGUUAGUUGGCUCUUCGCACCCAUUGUGCUUCUUUGGUUCCUCUUAAUUGGAGGAAUCGGUCUCUAUAACAUUUGGAAAUAUGAUAAGGGUGUUCUUCGGGCCUUUUCUCCUGUUUACACAUAUCGAUACCUCAAACGCGGAGGAAAAGAUGGUUGGACCUCACUCGGAGGCAUCAUGCUCUGUAUCACAGGGACUGAGGCCCUUUUUGCUGAUCUUGGCCAUUUUCCAGUUUUGGCCGUGCAGAUUGCUUUUACAAUAGUUGUCUUUCCUUCCCUUCUUUUAGCCUAUUCUGGGCAAGCGGCCUAUCUAAUGAUGAACAAGGAUCAUGUGGUUGAUGCAUUUUAUCGAUCUAUCCCAGAUAGCAUAUACUGGCCAGUAUUCAUUAUCGCAACUUUAGCUGCUAUAGUUGCCAGCCAGGCCACGAUUUCUGCUACGUUUUCGAUAAUCAAGCAGGCACUCGCACUUGGCUGCUUUCCUAGGGUCAAAGUCAUACAUACAUCAAAGAAUUUUCUCGGACAGAUAUACAUUCCUGAUAUAAACUGGAUUUUGAUGAUCCUCUGCAUCGCCGUCACUGCUGGCUUUGAAAACCAAAGUCAAAUUGGGAAUGCAUAUGGGACAGCCGUUGUAAUAGUUAUGCUGGCAACCACGGCCCUCAUGGUUCUGAUUAUGAUUUUAGUGUGGCACUGCCAUUGGCUUCUUGUCCUACUUUUUGCUGGCCUGUCACUAAUAGUGGAGUGUACUUACUUCUCUGCCAUGCUCUUCAAAGUAGAUCAGGGCGGGUGGGUUCCACUAGUUAUUGCGGCAGCAUUUCUUCUGAUCAUGUAUGUUUGGCACUACGGCACGGUGAAGCGAUAUGAAUUCGAGAUGCAUAGUCGGGUUUCGAUGGCCUGGAUUCUUGGGCUGGGCCCCAGCUUAGGACUGGUCCGAGUCCCAGGCAUUGGGCUUGUAUACACAGAACUGGCUAGUGGGGUGCCUCGCAUCUUUUCCCACUUCAUCACUAACCUUCCGGCCAUGCAUUCUGUUGUUGUUUUUGUCUGUGUUAAGUAUCUCCCAGUGUACAUGGUUCCUGAAGAAGAGAGGUUCCUCGUGAAGCGGAUCGGACCCAAGAAUUUUCACAUGUUCCGCUGCGUUGCGAGGUACGGAUACAAAGACCUUCAUAAGAAAGAUGAUGAUUUUGAGAGGAAGCUCUUUGAUAAUCUUUUUCUCUUCGUUCGGCUUGAGUCCAUGAUGGAAGGGUGUUCGGACUCGGAUGAUUAUAGCAUAUAUGGUCAGCAAACUGAGAAAUCAGGAGAUGCCCUUUUGUCUAAGAACGGCAAAGCUACUAUUUCUGAUGUGGACCUCACGAUCUCAUCAAUGGACUCCACUAUGCCAGCAAAAUCUACAUCGUCACGUCCGAAUAGUAUGACGAUAUCGUCCGGACAGGCGGGCAACCGAACUGAAAUGGAUGAAUUGGAGUUUUUGAAUAGGUGUAGAGAUGCAGGGGUGGUGCACAUAUUGGGCAAUACAGUUGUGAGGGCGAGCAGGGAAUCAAGAUUCUACAAGAAGAUUGUUGUUGAUUAUAUAUAUGCAUUCCUCAGGAAGAUAUGCAGGGAACAUAGUGCCAUUUUUAAUAUUCCUCAUGAGAGUCUCUUGAAUGUUGGCCAGAUAUUUUAUGUAUGAUAAUUCUUUUGCAAUGUGAUGGGUAAAUAACACUCUCAGCACCAA